AUGAAUUUAUUUAGUAGUAAUUCGGAUAUUAGUAAUGAUAUGUUUAAAAAAAAAAAAGAGUUGGGAAGAAAAAAAAAUAAAAAGAAAAAAGUUUUAUUUAGUUGUAAUUCAGAUAAUACUAGCAAUACAACAAUAAAAAAGUGUGUAGAAAAAAAGAAAAAUAGAAAAAAAAGAAUUUUACAUAGUAAUAGUUCUAAUAAUAAUGGUGACCUAUCUAAAAAAAGUGAAAUAAAAAAUAAAAAGAAAAAGGGGAAAAGCAUUUUAUUUAGCAGUAACUCAGAUAAUAGUGUUAUGUCAAAAAAAUACAAAAAUGAAAAAAACACUCUCUUUAAUAGUAACUCAGAUAAUAGUGUUAUGUCAAAAAAAUACAAAAAUGAAAAAAACACUCUCUUUAAUAGUAACUCAGAUAAUAGUGUUAUGUCAAAAAAAUGCAAAAAUGAAAAAAAUACUCUCUUUAAUAGUAACUCAGAUAAUAGCGUUAUAUCAAAAAAAUACAAAAAUGAAAAAAACACUCUCUUUAAUAGUAACUCAGAUAAUAGCGUUAUAUCAAAAAAAUACAAAAAUGAAAAAAAUACUCUCUUUAAUAGUAACUCAGAUAAUAGUGUUAUGUCAAAAAAAUACAAAAAUGAAAAAAACACUCUCUUUAAUAGUAACUCAGAUAAUAGUGUUAUGUCAAAAAAAUACAAAAAUGAAAAAAAUACUCUCUUUAAUAGUAACUCAGAUAAUAGUGUUAUGUCAAAAAAAUACAAAAAUGAAAAAAACACUCUUUUUAAUAGUAACUCAGAUAAUAGUGUUAUGUCAAAAAAAUACAAAAAUGAAAAAAACACUCUCUUUAAUAGUAACUCAGAUAGUAAUAGCACAUCUAUAAUUAACAUAAUAAACAAAAACGGAAAUAAAAUAAGAAGACAUAAACAAAAUAAAUACUCUUUAAAAAAAAAUAAUGAUAAAUUAUCUAGGAUAAAUUAUAAAAAUAAAAUAAAUUUUACUAAAAUUAAAAGCUCUAAUGAUAAUUAUUUUAAAAAAAAUAAUAAUAAUAUUAAUGAACAAAUAAUAUUUGAAGAGAAAAGUGGAAAAAUUGAGAAACUGAAUAACAAUGAAAGUGACUUGAUAAAUAACGUCAGCGAAGAUAGUCUUACGAAUAAAAAAGAAAAUAAUAAAGAAUUAAAGGAUUUUAAUAAAUUACAAAGCUAUGAUGGAAUUCAUAAUAACUCUGUAACAAAUUGGGAUAAACACAAAAGGCGUAAUAAUUUAAAAACUUGUAAUAAUAAAAAUGAUAAAAAUUUUAAAGAUAUUUAUGAUGAUGAAAAAUCAGGUAUGUAUCGUUUAAUAAAUUUUGAAAAAUUCAAAAAAAGAGCAUAUAGGAAUCUUAAUUUUUUAAGUAUUGUAGAUAUUACUAGGUCGCAAAGUGAAUCUAUGCAAAGAGAAUAUAGUGAACAAAAUUCAGAAGAUGAUAUAUUAAAAUUAACAGAUAAUAGUUGUUCAUCUGUAAAAUCUUAUCAAAUGUCUCACAACUCUUUUUUUUCUAAUAAUAAUAAAAGUUCUGUGAAUUCUGAAAGUAAUAAUAAAACAUUAGAUAUAUAUAAUUAUUAUUAUAUAGAUAAUAAUAAUUCCACGAAGGACAAUAAUUUAGAGAAAUUAAUAUAUAAUUCAAAUAAAUAUUAUGAUUUGUAUUCAUGCCUAUUUAAUUUAAAUGAAAACACUUUUGAAGAAAGCGAAAAAGAAGAAGUAAAAAAAAAAGAAGAAUAUAAUGAAGAUAUAAAAAUGGAUAAGGAAGAAAAUAAAAAUUACUAUAAAUUUUCAAAAAAAUAUAAAAAUAAAAGAACUAAUUUAAAGAAGGAGGAUGAUAAAAAAAAAUUUUCAUUAAAAAAAAACUUAAUUUUAUAUAGAAACUUCAAAAAUAUAAAUAACGAAAUAUCACGACAAAACAAUAUAAAAGGAUUAAAUUUUAAAGAAAUGGUAUCUAAUUUUAUAAGAAUAAUAAAUAAAAAUAUUUUAUCCAUGAACCAAGAAGAUAGUAAAGGGAUAAAAAAAAGUAAUUACUACAAUAUAUAUGAUGAUACAAGUGAGGUUGAAUCUGUAUUGAAUUUAGAAAAUAAUUCUGAAGAUAAAAUUUUGCAAAAAGUUCAUUGCUUAUGUUUAUUUUGUGAAGAAAAAAAUAAAAUAUUAUGUAAAGGUGAGUUAGACUUAACUGUAUUUAAAUAUAUUGAAUCAAAUAAGACAAAUAAUACCGUAAUUCAACCAUUCUUUAUGGAUAAUUAUAUUUUCACAUCCUUUUUAAAUUUUUCUAUUCAUCAUAAAAAUAUAAUUUUAUAUAAAAAAAAUGACAACAUUAAAAAGUUAAAAAAUUCACAAUUCUAUAAAUAUAGCAUAAAUAUGAAAAAAAAGUAUAAAAUUAAUAAAAUUAUACAUUUUGUAGCAGAAAAAAUAGAAUUAACUACUAUAGCUAUAUAUAUGCAUGGUUAUAAUUUUUUAAAUGAUAAAGAACAAUUUGUUGCUGUUGUGAAUUUUUUAAAGUGGAAGAAAAUAAAAAAAAAUUAUUUUGAAAUAAUAAAAUUAAAAAGAAAUAAAGAAAAUUUGAAGAUUUACGAAAAGUGUUCCUUUUUGAUUAAUGCAAUAGAUAAAUUCUGCACAUUAAAUAAUAUUCAUAUUGAUGAUAUAAAAGAAAAUAAUGCAAAGAAAAAAUUUAAGAGAAAUAUGGAUAAUAAAAAAAAUUCAUAUUUUAAAACUGAUAAAGUUUCAGACAAUAUAUUAUUCUCUUAUGAUGUGUACAAAAUAGAACAAAUAGAAAAUUCAUUAAAUAUAAAUUUAAAAAAUUCUAAUUUGCAAUUUCUAUUUGUUGAUCCUUUGUAUGUUUCAUUAAAAAAAACCUUUCAUUUAUAUCCAACUCAUAUAACAAUACUCUUUUAA